AUUUUUAACGUUCAUUUAAGUAACGGUUAGCAAAUUGCAGUAAAAACCCUAAAAUAGUAUUCAUUUCCCUCUAAAUUGGUGCUUUUGGCGUCUGAACUGUGAGCAAAAAAUUCCCCAACUAUAAUUAUUUCAAGGGUUGUUCUUAGAUUCGUGGAAUUUGUUUAAGUGAACAACACAUGGAGGACUGGGAGGAUGACAUUCCGCCUCUUGUUUCAAAGGAGCAACCUAAAAGCAAAUGGGAUGAUGAAGAUGUUGAUGAUGCUGAUAUCAAGGAAUCAUGGGAGGAUGAAGAUGAAGAACCUCCUCUGCAACCCGUAGCAAAAGCUACUGAAGAGAAGGCCCCCAAGAAACCCUUAUCGAAAGCUACUGAAAAAAAAGGGAAAACUAUCGAAAUAGCUAAAGAAGAGCCCCUUGAUCCCGUUGCCGAGAAACUUCGCCAACAAAGGCUCGUGGAAGAAGCUGAUUUUAGGUCGACUACCGAACUUUUUGCUAAGAAAGGUGAUAUCAAGACUGUUGAUAACUUUAUUCCUAAAUCCGAAAGCGACUUUGAGGAAUAUGCUGAGCUUAUUUCUCAUAAGCUUCGCCUGUAUGAUAAAAGUUAUCAUUAUAUUGCACUACUCAAGGCAGUAAUGAGACUAUCAACUAUUUCUUUGAAGGCGGCCGAUGCCAAAGAUAUUGCAUCUUCAAUCAUCGCAAUCGCAAAUGAAAAGCUAAAAGCCGAGAAAGAAGCCACAAGUAAAAAAAAGACAGGUGGUAAGAAAAAACAGCUCCAUGUCGAUAAACCGGAUGAUGAUUUGGUCGUUAAUGCUUACGUUGAUGUCGAUGAUUAUGACUUUAUGUGAUUCGGCAAAAUGCCACCGUAGAGUUGGAUACGGCCCAGUGGCUUGGUGAAGAGCCGAAAGUCAUUACAUUGAACUUGAGAAGCAGAGUCUUGGAGAUGGUUCAUGGUGGUUUCAAUGUGUUUUUAACCUUAAAAAUGAUUCAUAUGAUGUUUUGAGAACUGUUUCUAUUGUAAGAUUAUACAAUUCAUGAAUUGAAUACUGGAUGUUUCACACGAUUUAUUAAGAUUUUUUGACGAAGCAAUAAAUGUGUCUAUGUAUA